AGGCGAAGAGGAGGUGGCUUAUGGCCCAGCUCAAUGUUAAAAGAUAGGACUGGGCCCAAGGUCACCCAGAUAGUCCCGCCCCUUCGCCCCUCCUAACUAUUUUACUCUCCUUAAACAAAACAGUGCCGGUGGAUUCGCAGCUUUACUGCUACGCAAAAAAAAUAACAGCUGUCCUGGACAAGGCGAACGUCCGGUUCGCCUGCGAAGAUUCUUCGCGGCAGUCGCUCACCAUGUAAAAACAUGGAGCGGCACUCGAUCACCACUUGACAAACACGUUUCCCACGAUGACAGAGAAACUCGACUGAAAUUUUUUACUUUUAAAGCUAUAAUUAUGGAUGGAACUUAUCUUUUGAUAGGAAUUAUCGUUCUGCACUGCGUCCUCUUCUUCCUCGACGUGCUUUUCAAGAGCUGCUGUCAUCUUCCUUACGUGUACUUUGUACAAAAAACCGGUCUGGAAGUGAGUUUCCUGCGACUCCACUGGCACACGACGGCCUUCAACCGUCUCUUCCAGCAAUGGUCCAACUGGCGGCCAAGACUGCUUGCCUUCUGGUUCAGUCUAGGCGUCAUCGUGUCCCUCCCUCUGAUGCCAGUGGCCGCUUUCCUUGUCCUCAGAGGCCUAUUCGGCUCCAUUCUGGACGGAUCGAAAGACAAGCCUAGCGGUUUUGAAUUGGAACCUGUGGUGCCAGGAAUCAACCUGCCCAUGAGCCAACUUGGUAAUUACAUGACAGCUCUUGCCAUUGGAGGAAUUCUCCACGAAUUUGGACACGCCCUGGCUGCAGGAAGGGAAGGAAUUUCGAUUUUGGGGUGCAAAGCUCACCUGAUUGUAGUGCUACCGGUUGCAGCCGUUGAAAUCAGCACUCAGCGCAUUAAUUCGUUAGCCACUUGGCGCCGCCUUCGAAUAUUGUGUGCCGGCGUGUGGCACAACGUUGUCUUGUCCCUGCUUGCACUCAUGCUGCUCUACGCAAUUUCCCACUCGCAUCUUUACAAACUUGACCAGGGUGUUGUUGUGACCAGCGUCGACCCUAAUUCAGGAGUUGCUGGCCCAUCAGGCCUUUUAUACGGAGACCACAUAACAGGCCUAAACCACUGCAAAGUGCAGGACAAAGUUAGCUACCGCAACUGCUUGUACAAGGCUGCCAAGCAGUCUCAGACUGACUAUUGUGUCCCUGUUUCGUUCACUAACAGGAAUACGCAAACGACGACAGACACCCCUUGCUGCUCUGGCGAAAUGCUCCAGCACUUGUGUUUCCACAACAGAAACAAAGCUGGAGAAACAGCAAGGUGGUGCAUGCAGGUGCGGGAAGUUGUGGAGGCGUCCAUUCCGAAGCAGUCCGAUGAGGGCUGUCCAGAGGGUUCGGUGUCCUUGACGCCCUUGAUGGAGCCCAGCGCCCUCAACGGCACCAGACUGGUUGUCAUCAAGCGGUCCAACCUGAAGAAGCCAUCAGUUUUGUUCCUAGGGCUACCUUCCGAGCUGUACCACACAGUGGAGAUCUCAAAUUGGCUGCCAGCAGCGUCGUACCUCUCUCCCCAGUACCCAGAAAUGUUUUACAAUUUUUUCAGUUACCUGGCUGCUCUUUCGGCUGGACUUGCCCUGCUGAACAUGCUGCCGUGCUAUGGAUUUGAUGGCCAGCACAUCAUGUUCCUUUUGUCUGAGGUGGUGUUGGGCUGGUGUGGCGUGCGGUCUUCCACGAUCACAUCCAUGGUGGCUGGUGGCUUCACCGCCGUCGGAACGAGCUGCCUCUUGGCCUGGCUCUUUACGGCUAUCUGCAAAAUCAUCCCCAUGUAGCUGCAGCCCCUCAAAGGAACGCCGCCCAGACGAGAGAUCGAGGUCAAGGUCGACAAGCCCCUCCAGGAGGCCGAGCCCCAGACGACACCCUAACAACUCGCUGCAAAGCCGGCUCGGGCCCCGGAGACGGAGUGCUUCCCAGUCCUCGGGUCACGUCCGGAAGAGAACCUUGAGCGCCCUGAGGACGGGACGCUGAACCAGGGGGCACUGACGUGACUCUCCCUUAGGCCGGCCAUCGACCUGGCCGUCUACGGACCGCCGAGAGACUGACCGCCGCAGAUUCAACAUCGCGAGCACUACGUAAUUUUAAUUAAAGGCCAUUCCAUAUUUAAAUAAAAAUAAUUUAGAGAGUCCUGUAUACGUUUAAAGCCAAUUCCCGCCGAACAUUUGUAAAAGCCGCGUUUGACUGAAAAAAAACUUAAACUCAAAAAGUUCUCGAGCGCGCCUACUUCCGCGGCGCCACUGACUUCCGCGUCCCUACCUGGCGUGCUGACGCCAGGUUGGGCGCCAACGGACAAGUCAGACAGCCUGGGAGACUCAAGCCGUUCAGACGUAUAUCACUUUUGCUCUAAAACCGCCAUAUUGCCCAACCACACUAGCAUCACAACUCCGGUAAUAAUUCUCAAUAAGCCCAAAUCACCCCUUUUAAAGACUCUCUCUCAUUUAAAUUAAGUAAUUUUAAUUAAUCAGGCCUACCCUUAGUGGAAGUUUCCGACUAUUAACUCCAACUAAAAAUUGGAACCACGAAAUCAGUUGGAUAUUUAGUUGGAAAAAUAGUUAAAAUUUUGUAGAAUUUUUAGUUGGAAAUUUAAUAAUUUUUUGGUUGGAAAAAUAGUUGACUAUAAAUAGUUGUGUUUUCAGUUGGGAAAAUAGUUGGAAAAAUAAGAUUUCUCGUUUCGAAAAAUGCCACACAGAUGCGUGGCUAUUUAUUGUCACCUAAAAAUAUAUAAAAGAUGAUCAAUUUUUAUUUUUGUUACUCACAGAAAACCAAUUGCGCUUAAAUUGAUCUUAGUUUGCGCUUCCUUACCACUUGCUUUUAGAAAUACGCUUCAAUUGAGCUUCAUAUGCGCUUAGUUUACCAUUUAUUUUUUGAGUUACUUCAACUUAUAUUCGACAUAAGUUUUACUACGCUUGAAUUGCGCUUCAAAUACUUUUCAGUUGUGCCUUCAAAGACCUUCCUCCCCUACUCUGAGAUAGAUACUUUUCUUAACCGCUUAAUUUGCUUUUCAGUUGUGAAAGAUGUACUUCAUGUGUCUUCUACUUGUAAAGACCGCUUAAAAUACUUUUGAGUUAGCUACGUCCCAAGCUCAAGUCUUGCAACCUCUUGUAUCUGCCCUUUCCUUUACUUUUCAGUUCUAUUUUGUGCUCAGCAUUUAUAUAUUUAAAUACAAUUGUUCAGUAUAAAUAAAUUGUGAAUUCUGUGGUACACACAUGUUGAAUAUGGACAUUAAAAAUUAACUGAAUAAUUUGUAAAUCAGAUUAUCGUGAGUAGUACCAUUUAUAUGCUGCUAUCAGAAAUGAAAAGAAUAAAUAUAUUGUUCAGUAAAAAUUGGUAAAAAUAAUCAAGUUCAUAAAAAGAAAUAAUAAUUGUAACUUUUUAUAGUUGUUUUCAUUCCCAAGAGAUAAGAUCUUGAUUUUAUUUUCAGCCGGAACAAAGAAUGUAGCUUAAAUAGAGAUGGCUUAUAUCAAUCAAAGUUCUUUAGUCUUAUAAAAGGUCAUAAUUAUUUUUUUUUAAAGCAUUCAUAUAAAUCUCAAGAAAUUGUAGAUUGUUAAUGUUAAACCAUCAAUAGACCAAACUUACGAAACAAAAUCUGAUAAAUUAUUAUUAUGCACAUUUAAAUUCAGUAAAUUCAUAACUGAGACGUAUGCAACAUGCAUAACAAGGGUGCAUUGCCGUCUUGCCUGCGCAUCAGGGAACGGGGGUGGUAUUCUUUAUUUUGUUCAAAAUAGAAUAAUGCGAGCAAGUACCUGAAACGCCUGUUGGAGGAGCUGCCUCCGAAAGGUCGGAUCCGAUUUCUACCUGAGCGGAGGUUGCAACGCUGUGUGCUCAUUCAUUCUGCUUGCAAUGCAGUUUCUUGCCUGACCGCCCUGACCCUCUGCGUUAGGGGAGCAAGCAAGCGAGAGAUGCACAAAGGGAACAAUAAAAAUAGCUUCAGGGCUUAUAUCGCUUGCACUUGGCCCUCGCGCAAAAUAGGAGAGCGCGCCGUGUGGAUUUUCUCAUUUUUCUACUCUCCUCACCUUACAAGUGCUGUUAAAAACAACAUCAGUUGUUAAUUAUUUGCUACAUUUCUAUUUAAACCAAAUUUGUGAGACUUGUAUCAUUAAAUUACAAUUUAAAUUCUUUCAUAAUGGGAUUUUUUCUAAAAAAAUUAGUAGCUGCGAUGAAUAGCAAAAUUUAUUAUUUUGAAUGUAUUGUAAAAUAAAGAUUUUUCAAUUCAAUAUAAUUCACUGCUUUGCACUUAAGCCCAAAACAGCGGCUAGUUUUUCUUAACGCUCGCUCCACCAUUCUCUUGCAAGUCCAAGGUCGGCCCCUGACCACCCACCACCCUAUCACUCUCGCUUCUAAUCAUAUUUGCAUAAUCCUUUUUUCUAAGUUGUGGAAAGAAUCAAAAUUUUCUUUCAAUUGGGAAAUGAUAAUGACCAGAUCUUUUAAAUUAUCAUUAGAACCGUCAUGUAAUUUGUUUGUUUCACAGUAACCCUGCAGAUUUCAUCAAUUAUAAGAUUAGAUAAGAUUUUUUUUGCAUUCAUUUGGGCAAAUUAACAGUAGGCAUAAUAAUACCACCAAAAACAAGUUGACCACCCAUCGUAAUACAAAUUGUCAUAUAAAUCUCCUUUUUAUAAGUUUUUCAAAUUUUAUGGUUUGAAAUGGUUUGAAAGUAAGUUUAAUCUCAUUUAAAAUAAUAAUAAUAAUUCCUUUUAAUGAGCAUUAAGC